CCCCGCGGGAAUCCGGCGCCAAACUCAAAGCGCAAGAUGGCGUCGGAGUGCCUCUUCAGCCGGUUGGUGCCGGUGCAGGUGAAGGGCCAGGGCUGCGAGGAGAGGCGAAUAAACGUUCGUGUGAGUAUCGAGCUCCAGUCAACUUCGAAUCCUAUACAUAGAAAGGAUUUGGUUGUUCGACUAACUGAGGAUAGUGAUCCAUUUUUUCUAUAUAAUCUUGUCAUUUCUGAGGAAGAUUUUCAAAGCUUAAAACUCCAGCAAAGUCUUCUGGUAGAUUUUUCUGCUUUUCCUCAGAGGUUUAUAGACCUUCUUCAGCAGUGUAUACAAGAACAAAAUAAAGAUAUUCCAAGGUUUCUGCUGCAACUGGUCUCAUCAGGAUCUAGUCUAGACCACACUCCUUCUUUUUUAAAUGUGAUAGAAACAAACCCAUUUAAACAUCUUACUCAUUUAUCACUAAAAUUCUUACCGGGAAGUGAUACCGAUAUCAAGAAGUUUUUGGCAACCUGCUUGAAAUGUGUUAAGGAAGAAAAGCUGAUGCUGGAACAGAAACUUAGGAAGACAGAAGAGGAUCUUACUCGGCAGCUCAGCUAUACCCAGCAGAACUUGUCAGAAAAAAGCAGAGAAUUGGACAAGUUAAAAAAUGAAUGGACAUCAAAUACAGCAUCAUUAACCAACAGACAUACUCAGGAAUUGACUAAUGAGAGGGAGAAGUCUCUUCAGAUGCAAGCACAGUAUCAACAGCAGUACGAGCAACAGAAGAAAGAAGUUGAAAGCUUGCAUCAGAAGGUGGUUCAGCAGCUGCAAAAUAAGCUGAAGGAACUGGAGAUUGCCAAUAAGGAUCUAACAGAAAGGAGAUAUAAAGGCGAUUCUGCUGUCAGAGAACUUAAAGCAAAACUGUCCAGCAUAGAAGAUGAGUGUCAAAGAACAAAGCAGGAGGUCCUGUCACUGCGUCGAGAGAAUGCCACUCUAGAUGCAGAAUGCCACGAAAAGGAGAAACAGGUUAAUCAACUGCAGACCCGAGUUGCUGUUUUGGAACAGGAGAUCAAAGACAAGGAUCAGCUUGUUAUUAGGACAAAAGAAGUAUUGGCUGCAACUCAAGAGCAAAAGGCAAGCCUAGAAGAAAAUACAGAAAAGAAACAAAUUCAAAUAGGCAAGUUAGAAGCAACAUUGAAGUCACUAUCUGCUGAAAUCCUUAAGGCUAAUGAAAUCAUAAAGAAAUUGCAAGGAGAUGUAAAAAAUUUAAUGAGUAAAUUGAAGCUGAAAAAUACAGUAACAAUUCAGCAAGAAAAACUGUUGGCUGAAAAAGAAGAAAAACUGCAGAAGGAGCAAAAGGAAUUGCAGGAGGCAGAAAGUUCUCUUCGACAAAAAGAGCAAGAGGUGUGCAAGCUGCAGGAGCAAUUGGAAACCACAGUACAGAAGCUAGAAGAAAGCAAGCAUCUUCUUAAAACAAAUGAAAAUGUUAUCACGUGGCUAAACAAACAACUGAAUGAAAUUCAGAUGACAAAGAAGCAAGAAGCUUUAGGAACCUCUACUCCUCCUAGCAAUGCUACUACAAGAACUGGCAUUUCACCUCACAACAUGAUUGAAAGCAGAAUCCCUUUUAUGAACUCAGGAUUUGGCUAUCCUAUUUCCCCACUGCUAGCUUUUCAAAGCUUCCCAGAUACAGCACCUGUCAAAAGUGCCAACCAGCCAGUCUCUGGAACCAAGGUUCAUUUCAAUAUGCCGCUUUCAGAAAGCAAUCAAUGUCCAGGACUUUCUGUUGUGACAACUUCGACAAAUAAAGAAAAUGGUGAAAAUGUAGGAUUAGAAGCCAAGUACCUGAAGAAACGGGAAGAUAGCAUCCCCUUGCGUGGCCUCAGUCAAAAUGCAUUUCACAAUGCAGGACAUGUGAAGUCAUCUGCACUGAAAAAGACACACAUACCGUCCAAAUCCUCACUACCUUCUACAGCGUCUGCAUAUUUUCCUGGAUAGCAGACAGUGUAGUCAUUAGGGGCAAUACAUUUAUCAGCAGUUGUGGAUUUUUAUGGUUGUCAUUCGUAUACUAUUUUAAAGGGAACAGUCAAUUUCAGGAAGCAAAGCUAAUAUUCCUCUUGUUUUUUAAAGUAUAUAUGUAUAAUAUAAACUUUCUCACAAGGACUUCUAAUGCAGUAAGCUAAAACUGGUUAUUUACUAAUUGUCUAUGACAGUAGAGGAAAUAUAUUUUGAAUACUCAUUAUUAAAGAGAUACCAAUCAGUAAGGAUUUUCUGUUUCUCUUUUGAGGUUGAUGCAUCCUUGAUGAUUUUAAAAGAUCUUUAUUGUGAGUUUAGUAAAGCAAAUGAUAUUUCUCUGGUUUUGGGGGACUGUGGAAAAUUUUUGGGAGUCAAACUUGUUAACUGUGGUGACACCAUUUACAUAAUCCCUUCCCUAACCAUGAAGGCAUUGAAAAGAAGUCUGACCUUGUUUAAGGCUUGUUUGAAAUGAUAGCUGAAUAUUUGAGAAAUCCCCUUAGGUUGGACCUAAGUAUACAUUGUUUGGCCACCCAUUUUUGUUAAGGGUCCAGUUAACGUGAUUCAACAUUGCCCUGAUAUCAAAAGUCUGAGGGUAGUGUGCACAACUUGUUUUUAGUUCAUUUGACAUCAAAAUUAGCAAGCUGGUUAUCAUCAGCUUACAACUUACAGACUUUGGGCAUGACUGAAUUGAGGUCUGACUAUUAGGAAUGCAUUCUAGAUUUCUUGCCCAUUUUUCUUGGGAUGCUUUGUAUGUGUUGCCUCCUAAAUGCAGUUUGGCACCGUCAUGCAGAGUACUAUUACAGAUUUUUAUAGCAUUCAAUUUUAAAGUAAAACUUUACACUGAAGUAAAACUUUUGUUUGGAAAACUAAAUUUUCUGUUGCAAUACUGAGGGUAUAUUUAUUAUAUUAUUGAACCAGUCCGUUAAUGUCAAGCUACAGCCAUCCAGCACUUUAAUUAAAACUGCUGGAAAAGGUAAUUCUGCUGAAGUUUUCAAAAUAUUUCAGUUUAUAACAAACAUAUAGUAGCUUUAAAGUUGUAAAAUAUUUAGAAUCCAGUUAAAGGUCAUUGUAAAUCAUGCCCCUAUACACUUCACAAAUUUAUAGAAUGCCUUCCUCCAGAACAACCUGUAUACAAGGCCCUUUGAAAUGAAUAGGUAUUUGGAACAUCGUUUAGUCAACAUGAAGUACUUUGCAUUACUGUUGAAAUGAGCUGGAGAUUUCUGGCUCAUUUAUUUUGCUCUUUCAAACUAAUAGGACCUGAGCCAAUUCAAGUGCAACUGAGUCAUUUUUGGUCUGUAUUCUUACACAAAUCCCAUCAUUGUUCAAUUAAGCUUUUAACCUUUGGUAUGAACACUUAAGAUCUGAUGCAUAGUUACAUCAGUAUCUUAUUAACUGUUCUUUGGAUUUUACUUCUAUACCAUACAGCAGGGUAAAAGAGGAAUUUCUGAUUAUUCCAUUGUUUUGGGAUUAGUAAUUGCAUUGCACUAAAAUUAUAACUUUUGUCUAUGUUAAGUUUGUGUUUGACACCUUGAUGACCAAGCUGUGAUUCUGUAGCCAGUCUAAAGUUUGUAAAUACAGGUAAAAUCAUUUGGUGUUUGAAUCAUUUUUUGCAGUGUAAAAUUUGUACAUUUGUUUAUAAUCAGAAUGAAGUGUUCUGUAUAUAUGGUCUCAUUGUAAGUUUUCAAAUAAAAUGAAUUUCCUAA